CAGGGCUUUCUCUGUCCGUCUGUGUGUCUCUCCAUCUGUCUGUCUGCAGUGAUUAUUCCCCCUUUACAACAGCCACUCACUGAGAAAGGCCAUGGCCGUGCCUUCUCUCUCAGCCCCUCUCCUCGUGGCUCUGUUUCAGCUUGCAGUACUACCUCUCGUUCACGCGGGGGUAUACUACGGACACAAGCAGCACCCCCAGCAGCAACCCCAGCAGCACCAGCCUAUGCCACACCUGUCCCACAUGGGCAUGGGCAGCAAAGAGCAGCACCCUCAGCAGCAGUGGCCAGGAAAGGACAUGCCCCACAUGCAGUACCCCCAUUACAGAAAAGAGAUCCCCCAGAUGCCCAUGCACAUGGGCAAGGAGUACCCCCGCAAAGGUGUGGUAGUCAACAGUGGACAGGACAAAGGUCAGACCAUCCCCAGUGGGGCUGUGGGAGGUCUCCCUGGAGGCCUGCCAGGAGAGCAGGGCCCAGCUGGGCCUGCAGGACCUGAGGGACCCUCUGGGCCACCAGGUCCUUCUGGGGUAGGACAGCCAGGAGGUGAAGGAAAACCAGGCCCCGCUGGUCCCCCAGGAUUCCCUGGUGUAGGCAAACCAGGACUCCCGGGAAUUCCAGGCAAGCCAGGGGGCAUGGGAGACCCAGGUAUACCUGGAGAGCUGGGCCCCAGUGGUGGAGACGGUCAUAUGGGGCAGCCAGGGCCACAGGGCCCCCCUGGUCCUCCAGGUCUCCCGGGGAUAGGAAAACCAGGGGUUGGGGGAUUACCAGGACAACCAGGACCCAAGGGGGAGCCAGGACAUAAGGGCCUGCCGGGACCACCAGGAUUACCAGGACCCAAGGGUGACAAGGGAAUUGGACAGCCAGGACAGCCAGGCCACAAAGGGCCAGCAGGACCCCCUGGACCUCCAGGCCAGGGAGGGAUGCCCGGGGUGGGCAAGCCUGGAAUGAAUGGCAUAUCGGGGCCACCAGGAGGACCAGGGAAACCAGGCCCUCCUGGAGAGCAGGGGCUGGCUGGACCAGCAGGAGAGGGUGGCGAGACCGGUCCACCAGGGUUGCCAGGCCAGGGAAAACCAGGCCAGAAUGGUCUGCCUGGACAACCAGGCAUGCCUGGUGGGAAAGGGCACCCAGGCCCUCCAGGUUUGCCAGGGAAGCCUGGAUUGCCCGGAUUUGGAAAACCAGGAUUCCCAGGACCCAAGGGAGAUAAAGGGAUGGGUGGGAUGCCCGGAGGCCCAGGACCAAAGGGAGACAAAGGCCAUGGAGGACUUCCAGGUGUGAUUGGACCACCUGGACCAAUCGGACCAACUGGUCCUCUUGGCCCUAUGGGACCUCCUGGAGGUCUUGGCCAACCAGGGGCAAAAGGAGAGGCUGGAGAGGGAGGGCAAAAGGGACUGCCAGGUGGCCAGGGUGAGCCUGGUCCUCCUGGACUUCAUGGUCAGAAUGGCUUCCCUGGAAAGGGAGGAGAGCCAGGGCCAAGGGGUCCCGCUGGGCCUGUAGGACCCCAAGGGGAAGGCGGACACAAAGGGUUACCAGGCGCCCCUGGCAUUCCAGGCCUAACUGGGCCAAAGGGAGAGGGAGGACUUCCAGGAGAGAAGGGUCCCCAAGGCCCUAAGGGCAUUCCAGGUCUGGGAGGUGCAGGUGGGCCGAUCGGACCUCCUGGUGCUCCUGGGUCUAAAGGUGACAGCGGACCUCCUGGUCUUCCCGGCGUUGAUGGUAAGGGAAACCCAGGUGUCCCUGGUCCUCUUGGACCUCCAGGUAAAGAAGGUCCUGGAGGACCACCAGGAAAUCCAGGCCAGCCAGGUCUACCUGGCCCCCCAGGCCCACCCGGAUCCCCCACCCUCUCCCCUAACAUGGGAGCAGUCCUCACUGAGAUGGGUAUUCCUCCUGGGCUGGAUGGAGUCAAGACCACCGGCUAUGGCAAGAAGGGGAAAUAUGGAGGAAACAGUGGAGAGGUAAUGGGCGCCAACGGCCUAGAGAUGCCUGCUUUCACGGCUCUGGUGACCACACCCUUCCCACCGGUGGGCACGCCUGUGGUGUUCGACAAGAUCCUGUACAACGGCCGUCAGAACUACAACCCCCAGACAGGCGUGUUUACCUGUGACAUGCCCGGGAUCUACUACUUUGCCUACCACGUCCACUGCAAAGGGGCCAACGUGUGGGUGGCGCUGAUGAGGAACGAUGAGCCUGUGAUGUACACAUAUGACGAGUAUAAGAAGGGAUUCCUGGAUCAGGCAUCGGGGAGCGCAGUGUUACCUCUACAACCCGGGGACACCGUGUACCUCCAGCUACCCUCGGACCAGGCCGCAGGACUAUACGCUGGCCAAUACGUCCACUCAUCCUUCUCUGGGUACUUGUUGUACCCUAUGUAGCAACAACUAUAGAGAGGAAGAGACAGUGACAGAGGGAGAAAAUGUUGGAGAAAUUUAAGCAUUGUUUAUAGAAGUCUUUAAAUGUGUAUGUUUUUUUUUAAACAUCAACUAUCUGUUGAGAUUGAUGCUGUUGAGAUCGACGCUGUUGAGAUCGACAGCGAUGGGAGGACGCGUCGCACAGUCCCUGGGAAAAUCUGAGAGAGGAGUGUGUAUGUGUGUGAGUGAAUGUACAUAUAUGCAGUUUUUAUAACCAUUUAUGUUGUGGUACAAAGAUUUCUGAAUCUAUGUACCGCUCUUAAGAAUGUUACAACGUUACAACACUGCAUUAAAAGAUGCCAUUACAUCAACAGGGUUCACAUAUUGUGAAAUGUAGUCAUAUGUACAGUUGAAAUCGGAAGUUUACAUACACCUUAGCCAAAUCAAUUUAAACUCAGCUUGUCACAAUUCCUGACAUACAAUCCUAGUAAAAAUUCUCCAUCUUAGGUCAGUAAGGAUCACCACUUUAUUUUAAGAAUGUGAAAUGUCAGAAUAAUAGUAGAGAGAAUAAUUUAUUUCAGCUUUCAUCACAUUCCUAGUGGGUCAGAAGUUUACAUACACUCAAUUAGUAUUUUGUAUCAUUGCAUUUAAAUUGUUUAACUUGGGUCAAACAUUUCAGGUAGCCUUCCACAAGCUUCCCACAAGAAGUUGGGUGAAUUUUGGCCCAUUCCUCCUGACACAGCUGGUGUAUCUGAGUCAGGUUUGUAGGCCUCCUUUUUCCAUUCUGCCCACAAUUUUUCUAUAGGAUUGAGGUCAGGGCUUCGUGAUGGCCACUCCAAUACCUUGACUUUGUUGUCCUUAAGCCAUUUUGCCACAACUUUGGAAGUGUGCUUAUUGGGUUAUUGUCCAUUUGCGACCAAGCGUUAACUUCCUGACUGAUUUCUUGAGAUGUUGCUUCAAUAUAUCCACAUAAUGUUCCUUCCUUAUGAUCUAUUUUGUUUAGUGCACCAGUCCCUCCUGCAGCAAAGCACCCCCACAACAUAAUGCUGCGACACCCGUGCUUCACUGUUGGGAUGGUGUUCUUCGGCUGGCAAGCCUCCCCCUUUUUCCAUAUCGAUGGCCAUUAUGGCCAAACAGUUCUAUUUUUGUUUGAUCAGACCAGAGGACAUCAGAGGCUUUUUCCUUGCUGAGCGGCCUUUCAGGUUAUGUCGAUAUAGGACUUGUUUUACUGUGGAUAUAGAUACUUUUGUACCUGUUUCCUACAGCAUCUUCACAAGGUCCUUUGCUGUUGUUCGUGGAUUGAUUUGCACUUUUCGCACCAAAGUAGGUUCAUCUCUAGGAGACAGAACGCAUCUCCUUCCUGAGUGAUAUGACGGCUGCGUUGUCCCAUGGUGUUUGUACUUGCGUACUAUUGUUUUUACAGAUGAACGUGGUACCGUCAGGCGUUUGGAAAUUGCUCCCAAGGAUGAACCAGACUUGUGGAGGUCUACAAUCUUGGCUGAUUUAUUUUGAUUUUCCCAUGAUGUCAAGCAAAGAGGCACUGAGUUUGAAGGUAGGCCUUGAAAUACAUCCACAGGUACACCUCCAAUUGAUCCAAAUUAUGUCAAAUAGCCUAUCAGAAGCUUCUGAAGUUAUGACAUCCUUUUCUGGAAUUGUCCAAGCUGUUUAAAGGUACAUUCAACUUAGUGUAUGUAAAUUUCCCACUAGAAUUGUGAUACAGUGAAUUAUAUGUGAAAUAAUCUGUCGAUAAACAAUUGUUGGAAAAAUUACUUGUGUCAUGCACAAAGUAGAUGUUCUAACCGACUUGUCAAAACUAUAGUUUGUUAACAAGAAAUGUGUGUAGUGGUUGAAAAGUGUAUGUAAACUUCAGACUUCAAUUGUAUGUAAUCAGUUUAAUUUAAAGUGCUGCACAGACGAAUGUGGAAAGAGAUAUAUCUCUUGUAUUGCCACAGAGUACCAUGUGUUUUUUCUCAAGUCCCUACAUGUUCCUUUGCAAACUGGCAGCUGCCAUUAAUGAAACUGUGGCAAAGAAUGUAAAUUGAAUAACUAAAGAAAACAAAUAUAAUACCUAGUAAAAUGGCACCUGCAAUAUGAUAUUACAGUACUUACAGAAAUAAAACCAAUAGAGUUCAAGAUUCAAAUAAAGUGGUGCAAUGGUUUAUUUCACGUUUUAGUUUGUUGCGUAACUUUCUUGUUGUGUUUUUGAUUGAUUUGUUUGAUUUUUUUUUUUUACUUUUGCAGACAAGCAUCAUGUGUGAUGUUUAAAAGGGUGAUUGUGUCGCAUUAAAUGGUUGGCAAAAUGAUGCAUUAUGGGCGUAUUAGUGUUGUGCACAGCAAUGCCUCUUGUGGUAAGUAAAGAAUAAGUCUCCAACAGACACUAUUGUACCCAAACAUUGGAAGACCACUGCUGUCCUUACAAACCCUUGUAUUACUGUAUGUGUCAGGCGUCAACUGAAUAAAGCAGUAGUGUUAUAAUGACAGUUAUGAAAAACAUUUGAACAAGACCCAGACUCCCAUUAAGAGGGGCCUAAACUUUUCUGUAAGUAACAGAUACAAUGAUAAUCAAUUUCGAUUCUUAUGAAUAACUUUUGAAUAAGCUAAUUGAUCCCUCUUGGCUCAGUACAGAAUUGAAAUAAUCUGAUUAUCGGUACUCUAUGUGGAGGUUAAGAUUUAAGAAUAAUAAAUACUUUGAUGUCAAUCAGAGAACAUGAUGGCCAAACCAAACCAGGAGUAAGUGAGGAGACUUAUGGAAUUAGGUUUCCUUGUGGAGCCCACGGAAUAAAGACAAAUGGUGCGUUUGUAAACUCCCUCUGGCUAUCUACUUCCAUUUCAGAGCACUCUCGUCUGUGUGCCAGAAUAACUGAUGAAUUUACAAACGCUCAACACUCGUUGAAUAUUGCCGGUGUAGCGACUGGGAGGCCCAUGGGGCGACGCACAAUUGGCCCAGCGUCGUCCGGGUUAGGGAGGAUUUGGCCAGCAGGGAUAUCCUUGUAUCAUCAUGCACUAGCGACUCCUGUGGCGGGCCGGGCGCAGUGCACGCUGACCAGGUCGCUAGGUGUACGGUGUUUCCUCUGACACAUUUUUUGCGGCUGGCUUCCGGGUUGAAUGCACGCUGUGUUAAGAAGCAGUGCGGCUUGGUUGGGUUGUGUUUCAGAGGAGGCAUGGCUCUCGACCUUCGCCUCUCCCGAGUCCGUAUGGGAGUUGCAGAGAUGGGAGAAGACAGUAACUACUAACAAUUGGAUACCACGAAAUUGGAGAGAAAAAAGGGUUACAUUUUUUAAAUAUUUUACAAAGAAUAUGGUCGGUGUCAGUAAGCGUUGGCAAAAAGGCGUAAUUAAAUUGUUGCCAUCAGCACAGUUACAGUCACCAAUGAAUGCUCUGUAUAACAUAGAAACAGCCUAACCAACUCUGAUAGGUCGGAGAAAAAUGUCAGAGAGAGGCGCUCUCUCAUUUAUGUCUGGAAUUAGCUUUAGCCAAUUAGCUUGGGUGCUCAACUGCAGUUGUGAGGUCACAACGCUCGGAUCAGCCCUACUCCUCGGCCAGAGUGUCCAGGGUGUGCUCUGAACGCUUCAAGAGAAAAAUGCUCUGAAUUUACAAAUGGACAAUCUGACAACACUCUGAAUUUACGAAUGGCCAGAUCACACUCGUAGCGCUCUCUGGCACUCCAGAGGGAAUUUACGAAUGGCCAGAUCACACUCGUAGCGCUCUCUGGCACUCCAGAGGGAAUUUACGAAUGGCCAGAUCACACUCGUAGCGCUCUCUGGCACUCCAGAGUGAAUUUCCGAAUGGCCAGAUCACACUCGUAGCGCUCUCUGGCACUCCAGAGUGAAUUUACGAAUGGCCAGAUCACACUCGUAGCGCUCUCUGGCACUCCAGGGGGAAUUUACGAAUGGCCAGAUCACACUCUUAGCGCUCUCUGGCACUCCAGAGUGAAUUUACAAAUGGCCAGAUCACACUCGGAGCGCUCUCUGGCACUCCAGAGUGAAUUUACAAACGCACCUAAAGAGUAGAACAUUAAAAAAGAGAGGAAGAAGGGUGAAAAUGCCUUCCUGCAUGCCCCUCCCUCUCCUCCUCCGUCACCCAUGUCCAUAUUACUACCCAUCUACCCUUCCCUCACCCACCUCCGCCCCUGCCCCCUACCCUUCUACCCCCAGUGCCCAAGCACAAUACGCUUGACAGAGACUGAUAACAAAAACAUCCUGCAGCAUUUAUCACUAUAAUGUAUUAUUUUGACUACUGACCUCCUGAUUUUAAAUGUGCAGAAGUGGAAUAACAUGUUGUUUUUAGAAAAUUGACUCCAGAUAUGAAUUCAGUUAUUUUCUUUAUUUGGUGCUAAAGAUUCAGUAAACCAAAAGAAACCCUGAGUUUGAAUGUUUUUACUGUUGUACUGUUGAUGUUGUUUAAAACAAUAAUAAAGAUGAUUUAA